AUGGACCACAAUCAAGAUAUCCCAGAAAUGCAUCCUCUCGAGCGCACUCGAUCCUUUGACGAGGAACCAAAACAACCAGCUAACAUCCCCAACGUCAUUGAGCACGCCUUACAAAAGAUCGACACAACAACUAAAGCAGCAGCAGCAGCAGCAACAACACACAAAGCGAAGAGGAAGGCAGGAUUGACUAAAGAUGAUGUGAAGUAUUUGUUUUCGGGGGCACCGCAUUUCAUUCUCGAAAAAGGGAGACAUAAUCAUUGGUAUCCGCAUGUCUUGUUUCCGUGGGAUACAGGUUUGCCAGUCCAGGAUUUGUGGGAUAGAGAGGCAUUGCGCCAUGAAUCGUUUACCUUGUCGACAUUGCAUGCCCAUCUCCCUAUACCAUCGAAACGCGACAAUAAAGACGGCAGUAGUGACAACAGCGAUAAGCAAGGAUGGCAAUACGAAGAAGGCCUCAAACGAUCCACAUACGAUCUCGGAAUCUUUGAAGUCCCCAACAUGCUCUCCGUCAAUGGCAAGGAACCCGGCGCAAUCGGAUUUCGACAUUUUCUGGAGCUGGCAACUGCCGAUGCGGUGCGCUACAAAAGAGCGAUUCCGAUGAAGGGACAAGGAGACAUCCUGGGCCCGAAUCUGUUGUCCAAUUUGGCGUUGACAGAGGCGUUUGAUACGUUGAGUCACUCGAGAGACCCGUAUUCGUUGUGUAAUCGUGAGACGAUUGUGCUGGAUCGACACAAACUGUUAUGUGAAGGUCCAGCGGCUUGGAAGCGGCUUGGCGUGCGCGAUGUCCCCAUCAAAGAUAUUGUGGAGAGAUUGGAGUUUCUAUCCAAUUUCCGACUGGAGGCGAUAAAGCAUCUACCUACGGAUGAAUCAGGUCAUAAAAAGAUUAUUACGAUUCUGGACAGGGAGUCGCUGGAGACACUACACAAAAACCUGUAUUCAAAAUUCCUGUUUCCUCCCCCAUAUGGCUGGAGUCAGCAUCAACAUGACGAUCUCAAAGGGCAGAUUGAGGUGCUUACUAGGGUUCUAGCGGUCAAGGGUGCUUGGAUCGAUAUGAGUCUUCCCGAGUGGCGAUUACGUGUCGGACAAAUACUUUGGGAAAAGCCACCGCACACGGAUGGAGACUGCAUGGAUUGUUUGAAAGAUGAGAAUACCAAGUCGGAAGAGACCAAAAAGGGCAAACCACCUUUGAGCCUCACCACCGGUCUGGAAAGGAAAUGGCUACUCAUACAGCUUCUGCUAGCUGGAGAACUACUCCUGCGACUAGAUGCUAUCGUACAAUUGGCUGUCUUGCAGCACUCAAAAACUUUGUCGGUGACAGCGCAGGAUAUGCGAGCACUGGACAAGUUGCGACAUGGAAAAGUCAAUUGGGAUAUUCUUUUCUUUCAGCGGGCGUCUGAUAAUCUCAUUUUCAAAUUUACGCCUCCGGCAACACCACCAGCUGCUAGUUUGUCUGAGCAGUCACAGUCAAAGAAACAAGCCCACUCGCAUACUGGGACGAAACCUCAUGGCCUUCUAUCAAAAUUUGGCGGUAUCUCGCAUCACCUUCCUCUGCGUCGUCCCAGCUCUGCAAAAGCAGGACAAGAACUUCCUUCUCAUGAACAACCUUCAUGCGAGUCUAACUGGGACAACGUUGUGGUUCUCCCACGCCGUGCAGAACGGCAACUCAGAGGUCUUGCUGUGUUUGCGGAAAAGAUUGGCUGGCCCGGCCACGAGACAGUUGAAGCAAGAAUUCAGUCAAAUCUACUUCAGCAUAACGGAGAUACAACAACACAAGCCUUAACUCCCAACUCCGUUAGUUCUGCGUACAGUGUACCAGUUACAAGCAAACCGACAUCAAGAACUUUCCAAAAGAAGCAGGCAUAUUGCAGAAGCCCUUCUCAUCGAUACAUAAACCUUCAAAAAUCUGAAAACACCGCCGAUAAAGGCACAGGAGGAUGGCUUUCGCGUUCAUGGCUCGCGGGUCUUGUAAUGCCCGGCGAAAGUAUCCAUCAAUUACUAAUGGCAACGAUACUCGAAAAUGACCCUGCAGCGCUCAACGCAUUAGGCACUGUAGCCAAUCUAUACGGUGGACUCAGCUACGGCGAUGAUUACACAUGGUGGAGCACGAAGUGCAUCGUUGGUAGGGUAUUGGCUGCUUUACCCGGGUCGAAGGUAUGCAUGGGAUGGGUGAGAGUGAACGCAAUCCCAGAAGUUAAGGAAGAGAAGGGCUUUGUCAAACUGAAAAACACGUGGAUUUCGAUCGAAGGGGUUCAAGAUGCACGGCAAAAGAAUACUCGGAUUCGGCAGGGGAUAAGAGUGGCGAGUGAAUCCAAUCCGCUUGGGAAGGGGCGGGUGGCUAGUGAUACGUUCACGAUUCCGGUUGACGAGGAGGAUUCCGAGAGUAGUUCGCGAUUUGAUGUGAAGUUUGAUAAACUCAUACUCUCUCAGCAAGCAACACCGGUUGAUUGCUGUAGCUCAGAAGCUAUCAAACGAAUCUUCACGGCAGAUCGAGCAUCAGUCUCAUUUCAAGUGAUCACGCCUGAUUCAUCUACGAUUACUUUCCCACUGAAGCACAAUGUCGCUUUCAUCUCGUCGUAUACCUGUCAACCACCGCGUGGAUCAGUUACGCAUCAUGAUCCACAGCAUAAUGACAAUUCCGAGGUACAUGAACAUGACGAACAGCUACAACACCACGCGCGUCUACCAGGCCACCCGCUACACAAUUCAUACAAAUACAAAUGCGUCCCUCUCAAAGACCUACGGUUAGAUACAGUCCCGCCCAUCAUCGUCUUUCCGGAAUCCAAAGAAUCUUCUCCCUUAUCUAGCAACGCUCAUCUAGCUACCAAUCACAACGAAAAACCUAAACAUGAACCUGCUCAUAAACCCGACGGGAAAGAGGGAGAAAAUCUCGAGCCAGUCUGGAUCCUAGAUGCGCGCGCCUCGACACGUGACAAGGAAGUAUUUGCGCGUGCUUGGUGCGCAGCUGUUGGUGUGAAUGCACUCGUUGGACGGGUUGGGAGGACAUGUUUGGCUUGCUGCGUAAGAGAGGCGAGGGCGAUUGGAGUUGGGGUUGUGAUUCGAGUUUGA